AUGGCACCAAAACCAACACCGCGACCCCUGACGGUCGCAGCGGCGCAACUGGGGCCCAACAACAAGGACAUGUCCCGCGACGAGAUCCUGGCGCGCCUGCUAAAGCACAUGGACGACGCCGCCUUGCGCGGCGUGCGGCUGAUCGCCUUCCCCGAGCUGGCGCUGACCACCUUCUUCCCAGUGAUGCUGCUGACCGCCGCGGCCGAGGUGUCCGCGUACUUCGAGCCCGCAUCGCCGUCGCGCCCCUACGGCGUGCUCGAGACGCCGCACGGCAAGCCGCUCGUCGAGAAGGCGCACGCGCUGGGCAUGGACUUCUACCUCGGCUACGCUGAGCGCUGGACGGGCGAGGACGGGGUGCCUAUUGAUUAUAAUGCGACGCUGUACUACUCGGUCGCGGCCGGUAGGGCGAUCGCUAAGUACCGCAAGGUGCACCUGCCGGGGACCAAGGAGCCGAUCGAUGGCGGGGGGACGAAGGUGUACCAGCAGCUCGAGAAGCGGUACUUCCACCCAGGGGACCUGGGCUUCCAGGCGUUCCGGGCGCCGGGGCUGGUGGAGGGCGCGGUGAAGGCGGAGGAUGCUGAUGCCGAGGGUGCCGAAGGGGGCAAGAUGAACAGCACAGACCGCAAGGGCGACCCGAUCAUCGGCAUGCUGAUCUGCAACGACCGGCGGUGGCCCGAGGCGUGGCGGCCGUACGGCUUGCAGGGCGCCGAGCUGGUGAUCGAGGGCUACAACACGACGGCGUGGGCGCCGCAGUACGACGGUUCCCCUGAAGAACAGACGGCGACGGCCGAGUUCCACCACCGGCUGUCGUGCCAGGCCGGCAGCUACCACAACGCGUGCUGGAGUAUCAAUGUGGGCAAGUGCGGCGAGGAGAACGGCCAGUGGAUGAUCGGCGGCAGCAUGAUCGUCGAUCCUAACGGCAGGGUCGUGGCCGAGUCCGAGACGCUCGGCGACGAGCUGGUCGUGGCGGGGAUCGAUUUGGCGCUGUGUCGCAAGGGCAAGGACAGGGUGUUCAACUUUGAGAGGCACAGGAGGGUGGAUCAGUAUGGUAUUCUGCUGGAGCAAGUUGGCGUGAAGGAGGUCCCGCUUCUGAGCCGUUCGUGA